AUGUCCAGCCUUCUGUUAUGGUACAGUAUUUGCCAUGGUGAGUCUCUCGCCUCCGCCUUGUCGGUGGAAUAUUCAUGUCACACAGUAAAAAAACGACUCAUCGUACAUGCUCGACGCAAACAAGCCCGCCUCUCCCUGACAACAUUUCCAACUUGUCCCCCGCAUCUCGAUCCCCCCUCUCAGCCGCCAUUCGAUACAAUCUCUCAGCCUCCCUCGCAUCAGCUUGCACGUCCACGUCCCCAUUCUCCAACAGCUCACCCAAGUUGUACAUCGCCCGCGCAUCCCCCUUCUCCACCGCCUGGCGAUACAACGCGACGGCAGCCGGGGCGUCCUUCUGCACUCCCUCUGCCCCUUGCUCCAACAGCACGCCCAGAUUGUUCAUCGACCUCACAUUACCCCGCUUGA